CUCACGUGCUCGUUCUCUUCCUUGAAGGCGGUGCCUGCUAGCUGCCGGUGAGAAGAGGUAGUGUUGUUGUUGUUUGUGGUAAAGUACUUACAAAGUACAAAAAAAACGUCUUCUAAAAUGGGUACCCGAGAUGAUGAAUACGACUACUUGUUCAAAGUCGUACUAAUCGGAGACUCAGGAGUGGGGAAGAGUAACCUUCUGUCCCGUUUCACAAGAAAUGAGUUCAACCUGGAGAGCAAGAGCACCAUUGGGGUGGAGUUCGCCACCCGCAGCAUCCAGGUGGAUGGGAAGACCAUAAAGGCUCAAAUUUGGGACACAGCUGGACAGGAACGCUACAGAGCAAUCACCUCAGCGUAUUACCGGGGUGCUGUUGGGGCUCUGCUAGUCUACGACAUCGCCAAGCACCUGACGUAUGAGAACGUUGAACGCUGGUUGAAGGAGCUGAGGGAUCACGCUGACAACAACAUUGUCAUCAUGCUGGUUGGAAACAAGAGCGACCUCCGACACCUCAGGGCAGUGCCCACUGAUGAGGCUCGGGCCUUUGCAGAAAAGAACACUCUCUCAUUCCUUGAAACCUCCGCCUUGGACUCCACUAAUGUAGAAGAAGCCUUUAAGAGCAUUCUCUCAGAAAUCUACCGUAUUGUAUCUCAGAAGCAAAUACCGGACAGAUCUGCACACGAUGAGUCUCCAGGAAACAAUGUAGUGGACAUAAGCCUCCCCCCAACCAUGGACGGGCAGCGGGGCAGCAAACUCCCUUGCUGCCAAAGCCUGUGAUGCUCUUAUAUUCUUUUCCCUGUGUGACUUUCUGUCAGUCUUUCCUCUCUUCAUCUCUGGUUUACUUCAGCUGUCACACUGCUGUCAUCAUGAUACCCUCAUGACUCCAGACUCUUGUAUCUGACAUUCCUUUUUGUUGGUUUCUUUCUUUUUCUUUUCUCAGUUCAUUUGUCUUCCUCUGAUCUGAGAAGAGCCCGUGUCUAAAAAAAAAAAAACGUAACAGCCUCAUGAUAGCCUGGAGAGGGAGGAAGUGUUUGUUGUUAUGAGGUUGAUCCUAAAGCUGUAGUAAAUACAAUUUCUUUUAAAUGAACUAGCCUUCGUGGUCCUAUUGACCCACUCCUGAUGAAGGGAUGGUGAGGGAUCAGUGCUUCGGGCUGUCUCUACUUGUUUUUUUCUCAGACUUGCUACAGUGGAAUCCCAAUUUCAUGUCUGGUUGACCUGAUUCUGCCUAUCAUGCAAUACGGGUGUAGAAGAGGAGAUGGAGCAGAAGGUGCCACAGGAGUAUUGAUUGCCUCUUUAAUAUUAAUUUUCCUCUUUGAGCCCUGUGUCCACUGUGGCAUGAAAUUAGCAUGAGCCAGGGACCAGACUGGCUGUGACUGUCUGACUUAAUGUGGGCAAUUGUGAAACAAAUUGUUUUUAUUUUUGUGUGUGUGUGUGUGUGUGUGUGUGUGUGUGAAUGUGUGUUAAUCUUAGUGCACAAAGAUACCAAAGGAGACUGAUGCAAUCAUGAUCAGUUUUAGGUUUUCUCAUUUAAGCGUGUUCAAGGCUGCUAAUAUUGCAUUCCAUUGCUAUAUUUGGCAAACCAAUCUGGGCUAUUUGCAAAAAAAGGUUUUCUGCUAUAUAGCAAAAGGAAUGUUCGUGUGUGUUUUUAUUUUAUUAUUUGUGAAAUAGUGGCAUCAGCCCGGAUCAAGCCUUGUUUUCCUCUCUUGAGUUUGCUCAGGUCAAUCUCUCUUUCAGCACGCCGUCUCAACAUGAAAAUCUUUUUUGCACUUAUGUCCAAUAAUUUCAGUGGAACAAAUCACCAUAUUUUUGAAAUACACUCAACAUCUUUAUAAAGGAACAUUUCCUGUUGGUUGAGAAGAAAAUACUGCAUGAUAUGUUGUGCUUGUUUUCUUCUUUCUCUAACAUUUUCCUCUCAUGUACUCAAAUCAACCUAUGCUGUCAUUCGAACGGGGCGCACUUUAAAGGGAAAUGGAAGAAUAUGUGAGUUAUAUGAAAUGCUCUUCAUUUAUCACUUUCACUGCAGCUACAUUAACAGUUGUUAGUUGGGGAAGUGGAACUGAAAGUCAGAAAUGCAAAUUGGUGUUAUGGUUGACUGAAAUGUCCCCUUUUCACUCAUCUGGUAGAGAUGUUUUCACGUGUGACUGAUUCGAUACAUCUUGUAAUAUUUCACAUUUGUUGGAAUAUAUGUAAAGGCAGCAAAUGUAAACAGAAAAUAUCGAAGCACAAAUCUAAUUCACAUCAACAUAUAGCAGACAGACUUACUUUUAGAUACGUUGCUCACUUAGCGUAUCUUCACGUUAAUGCUGUGUCCACCACUUCUGUUUAGCAACUUAGGAAUCAACUGACGGAUUGGUCCUAACCAUCAUGUGUAGAUAUUUAAUCACCUUAAACAAUAGAGGAACACAUUUUACAGCAUCUAAUCAAUGCCUUGUGUGCUCAGGGCAGGCCCCUUAAACAAGCGGGUCCUCAUCCUCAUUCAAACUUAGCAAUGUGAAUGCAUUUAGCACUGCUUAAUAAAUAAAUAUAUAUAUAUAAAAAUCAGUUAAUCAGUGAAGCUUUGUUUAAAAAAACGCUAAAUGUACAUUGAAACUAACAUGGUCAGCAUUUGUAAUGAGGGUUAAUUAAUUAUUCAAAAUAAAUGUUUUAAUAAUUAAAAAUUAAUUACUAUGCAUUUGUUUGAACUGCCGUUUCCAGGACUGUAAAAUAAAAUCUGUCGACAUUU